CACUUAUACUACUUCCGCAAGAUCUGUGCCCGUGCUUAUGACGUCAGGAGUUGACCUCUCAAAUCGGUACCAGCCCCUGCAAUACGUGAUCAUUUAGUUCUUGUUGACGUGAGUCACGGAGGCUACUACCCUGCGUACGAGGUGGGCUUCUGCUUCUGCUGCACACGGAGGGAAGCAAAAGCGGAGUCUGCGUCAUAGGCCCGACAAUAUGGAGACCACGGAGGAAGAAGAUAUAUGCAGGGUGUGCCGAUCAGAAGGAACUGCAGAAAAACCUCUCUUUCAUCCAUGUGUGUGUACUGGCAGUAUUAAAUUUAUUCAUCAAGAGUGUUUAGUUCAGUGGCUUAAACACAGCAGGAAAGAAUACUGUGAAUUAUGCAAGCACAGAUUUGCCUUUACUCCAAUUUAUUCCCCAGACAUGCCUUCACGGCUUCCAAUCCAAGACAUCUGUGCUGGAUUAAUUACAAGUAUUGGAACUGCAAUGAGAUACUGGUUUCACUACACGCUAGUGGCGUUUGCAUGGUUGGGAGUGGUACCCCUUACAGCAUGUCGUAUUUACAAGUGCUUAUUUACUGGCUCUGUGAGCUCACUAUUGACCCUGCCCUUAGAUAUGCUGUCUACAGAAAAUUUAUUAGCAGACUGUUUGCAGGGGUGUUUUGUUGUUACUUGUACACUCUGUGCAUUUAUAAGUCUUGUGUGGUUAAGAGAACAAAUAGUCCAUGGAGGAGCGCCUCAUUGGCUGGAGCAUAAUCAUCCACAACCUCUAAAUGAUUUGGGCCAGCAAAAUGAGGUACAAGGGGCUGGAAAUGCAGGUGCAGAAAAUGUUGUUUUUGAACAGCUGGCCAACCCUCCGGUAGAUAAUGUGGUUGUAGGUGAAAAUCCUGAGAUGCCAGAGGAUCAAGCAGAUGAGGAGGAGGAAGAUAAUGAUGAUGAAGAGGAUGCAGCUAUUGAAGAUGCAGCUGAUCCAAACAAUGGGGCACAAGAUGAUAUGAACUGGAACGCGUUAGAAUGGGAUAGAGCUGCAGAGGAACUGACUUGGGAACGAAUGCUGGGACUGGAUGGAUCCCUGGUUUUCCUGGAACAUGUCUUCUGGGUAGUUUCUCUAAAUACCCUCUUCAUACUUGUUUUUGCAUUUUGCCCUUAUCACAUUGGGCACUUCUCUGUCAUCGGUCUUGGAUUUGCACACUAUGUAAAAGCAUCUCACUUUGAAGGCCUUAUAACAACAAUAGUCGGUUAUGUGCUGCUAGCAGUCACCUUGAUUCUGUGCCAUGGUGUAGCAGCUGUUGUUAAGUUUCAACGUUCACAACGAUUAUUGGGCAUUUGCUACAUUGUUGUAAAGGUGUCUUUGCUAGUGGUUGUAGAAAUUGGUGUGUUCCCUCUGAUUUGUGGCUGGUGGUUGGAUAUCUGUUCGUUGGAAAUGUUUGAUGCUACAUUGAAAGACAGGGAACUUAGCUUUCAGUCUGCACCUGGUACCACAAUGUUUCUUCAUUGGCUUGUGGGAAUGGUUUAUGUGUUUUAUUUUGCAUCUUUCAUUCUACUGCUAAGAGAGGUCCUAAGACCAGGAGUUUUGUGGUUUCUCAGAAAUUUGAAUGAUCCAGAUUUUAACCCAGUCCAGGAAAUGAUUCACUUGCCAAUUUAUAGACAUCUCAGGAGAUUUAUAUUAUCAGUGAUAGUCUUUGGGUCUAUUGUGCUGCUUAUGCUCUGGCUUCCUAUUCGUAUUAUCAAACACUUCCUGCCUACAUUCUUACCAUAUAAUGUGAUGUUGUACAGUGAUGCUCCAGUGAGUGAAUUGUCUUUGGAGUUGCUGCUUUUGCAGGUUGUUCUACCUGCCUUACUAGAACAAGGACACACCAGGCAGUGGUUGAAAGGCCUUGUCAGGGCUUGGACUGUAACAGCAGGUUACCUACUUGACCUACACUCUUACCUUCUUGGAGACCAGGAAGAGAAUGAGAACAAUGCUAAUCAACAAGCUGCUAACAACAACCAACAUGCUAGAAACAACAAUGCUGUUCCAGUUGUUGGGGAAGGUCUGCAUGCAGCCCACCAAGCCAUUCUUCAACAAGGAGGCCCUGUAGGGUUUCAGCCGUACCACAGGCCCAUCAAAUUUCCACUCAGGAUUUUUAUGUUAAUACUAUUCAUGUGUAUCACAUUAUUGAUUGCAAGUCUCUUAUGCCUUACAUUGCCAGUGUUUGCUGGACGCUGGCUAAUGUCAUUUUGGACUGGGACUGCAAAAAUACAUGAACUAUACACAGCUGCAUGUGGCCUCUAUGUUUGUUGGCUAACCAUUAGGGCAAUAACUGUACUGGUUGCGUGGAUGCCUCAAGGCCGCCAGGUGAUUCUAUUGAAAGUGAAAGAAUGGUCUCUUAUGGUGAGUCCAUUAGAGAUCUUGAAGACGCUGAUUGUUGCCCUUCUCUUGGCUGGUGCUAUUCCUCUUCUACUUGGGCUUUUAUUUGAAUUAGUAAUCGUUGCACCUCUGCGGGUACCUUUGGAUCAAACUCCACUUUUUUACCCUUGGCAGGACUGGGCUCUUGGCGUUUUACAUGCCAAAAUAAUUGCAGCUAUAACUCUGAUGGGUCCUCAGUGGUGGUUAAAAACUGUAAUUGAACAGGUUUAUGCAAAUGGAAUACGCAAUAUUGAUCUACAUUUUAUAAUACGGAAACUGGCUGCUCCAGUUAUCUCUGUUCUUUUGCUGUCCCUGUGCAUACCCUGCAUUAUUUCUGCAGGAAUUGUACCAUUAAUUGGUGUCACUUCGGAAAUGCAGAAUCUAGUUCAGCGUCGUAUUUAUCCUUUUUUACUGAUGGUGGUGAUGUUGAUAGGGAUACUGUCUUUCCAGAUCCGGCAAUUUAAGCGUCUUUAUGAACACAUAAAGAAUGACAAAUACCUUGUUGGUCAACGUCUUGUAAAUUAUGAACGGAAAUUGGGCAAAUCUAACAUAUCUUCAGCACAUGCUUCUCAGUUGCCACAUGACUAAAAUGAAAAAAAACAAGGACUCCAUUACCUCCAUAGACUCCUGAAAUGCCAUACCUUUCAAAGACAUUUACUAAUUUUAUUGUCUGACAGCACAGUUCUCUAUUCUUGGCCGUUCACAUGCGCAGUCUGUUCAUAGAGAUACAUCUUCAGAAUUCACACUGGUCAGAGCCUGCUCAAAUACAUUGACUUGCUGUUAUUGGCCCCUUGUUGUCUUUGUAUUCAUGAAUGCUAUGGUCAGAUAUGUGCAGAGGGGGGAGUUGGCAUCUAAUGAAGCAUCAUGUGAAUAUCUUAAUUGUAAAUCUUACACAAAAUGUAUAAUAAUUUAUUAAAUCUAGUUGUCCCUUUA